AGCAUUACCAAACUCAAGCCAUGCCCGUUCUUAAAGGGCAAAUUGUAUGCCGUGCCAUGGCAGGUGGACAGAGGAAUUUAAAAUUGUUGUUGGCUUUCUUACCCCAACCUGCUGAGCUUGUAUGGACUAUGAUGGGCUUUGUAUAUAUGGACAUUUUUGGUUAUUGGAAAAAGUUUUCAACGACAAUUCGCAAUGAAACUUUGGGGGCAGAGUGUCAUCGCAUUAUAAAUACCCAUGGUGGACAUUUAAUCAAUCACAAUAUCGUUUUAUCGUUUCAAGCCAACUGUUGUGUGGUGUGUAGUGCCUUAAAUCAACAAAAAAAAAGAGAAAAAAUCACAAAAAAUACAAACACUAAAAACGAAACUUAAAUUAAGUUUAAAAAACAUUCUAUUAAGAAAUUAUUAAAAGAAACACAAAAUAAAAAUCCAUUAAAAAUGUAUACGAAAAUCAUUUGUGUCGUCUUCGUGGCCACCUUUGUGUGCGGUGCUGUUGCCUUGCCCAAACAGGAUACCACAGAAAAGGAUUUAGUGAAUAUGAUCAACAAAAUCGACAAUGAAGCCUCGCUGCCCUUGUUCGGUGGCAUGCGCAUUGAACGCUCUGAAAACGGUCGCGCCUUUGGUCCUGCCACCAAAGCUGUGGAAACUUUCGAAGAACGCGCCGAACGUUAUUUGCAAACUCACCAAUUGAACUUCUCCUUCCCCGAUGUGGAUGAAGAGGAAGAAGAAACUUCAAAUGGUCGUGCCAUUGAAGAACCCCGCAGCAAGAAAAUGAAAAAGAUGAUGGUCCCCUUGCUCUUGGCUUUGAAACUGAAGAAGGCCGUUAUUGUUAAGGUUCUCUUCAUGAUCAUCAAAUUCAUUUCCCUCAAGAGUUUGGCCAUCUCCCUAUUGGCUCUCUUCUUUGCUGGUGCCACUUUCUUCAAGGAUUUGUUGGGCAAGAAAAAGGAACACAUAACCACUGCCUACAUUACCGGUAGCCCUGCUGCUGAAAUUGUGCACUCGGACUGGAAUCGCAAUGGACAAGCUGCUGCCUCCGAUUUGGCCUACAACCACUACGGUUUGGCUCAACCCUUCUAAACUUUCGGCUACUUCCUUCAAGUAGCAAUUUUCCCUUGCAAAAACCUGCCUUCUAACUGUUGAUCUGUUCUAAUUUUCAUCCCUACCCUUUCCAACACAUCAAAGCCCCUGUUUUUCUUUGUAGAAAAAAGACUAAAUUUUGAUUAGUUUUAGAAUUUAGCAACCAAAUAAUUUUAGUUAGACAUUUUUUUUCACUUGCUAUAAACCAAAUAUCUUUAUCUUAAACAAAAGGAAAAUGUGGAAAAUUCAAAUGUUUGCCCAUUUUCCUAACGACCCUUGGCUCUUGCAAAACACUUGGAAUAAAGCUUCUACUUCUAGUUUCAUGCAUUUCCAUCAUCUCUUGACAUUAUGAAAAUUUAUUUAUUUCAUCUCAUCAUUAAAGUCUUUGGCCCCCAUCCCCUCAUAUCAUAGCAAAAAAAAAAAAAAUAGGAAAGCAACCACUAUUGCAUAAUCUCUUCAUGCUCUGUUUGACAAGGGACCAGUACCAGCCCUAAGCUGGGAUGCUUAGCCGCACAACAACAAUUAAAGCAACCCACAUCGAAAUUAAGUGCGAAAUUCUCUCUUUAAAGGUUGUUUAUCCUAACAAAUAAGAAAUUCUAAGUCGUCAUUUAAUAUGCAUAAAUCUUUUAUACAAUUACAUACAAACAUACAUAUACUUGUGUAUUUAUCCUUGUAUAUAUAUACAAACACUCAGGUUGUAUUUCUUUAAGGAUAUUCCCUUUGGGAGGGACUCCAUUUGCACUUGGUUUAAUGCUGACUCAGCCCAGACAAACACACACACACACACACACAUAGAGACCAUUUGUUUGUUAUCUUCAUGCUUGCGGUUCGGUAUUUAGUACUUCACGCCCAACAGAGAAUAACACAUUAUGCUAAGUAGUUAGCUGAAAUAACAGCAACAAGCACCACAACAAAUAUAAGAAUCAUCACAUAAUUUAUUUUGCAUUAAUCUUAAGUAUUUAUUAAAAAAAAAAAAUGGAGAAAAAAAACCAAAACCAACAAAAGACAAAGCAAACUGAAUAAAAAUUCAUUGAAAAGCA